UUCCGCAAGCUGUCAUUGGCCGCGCACACACUCACAGUCACAGAUGGAGGGGUCCACAAGUCCGAUUCGCGGGGCCGGGCCGCGUCUGGAAAUUGUGAGUCAAAGCCCCACCACGCCUCUGCCAGACGGAGACUCCAGUACGGCGCCGCUCCCCGGGAUUUGACCAUCCGCUUGCCGCUCCGAUAGAUCAAUAACAGGAGACAGACCCCGACACAAACACAACCACACACACAUAAUGGCGCCUCCAACAAACACCACCGCGUCCUCCGAGGACCUCGCGACCGACAUCCUCGCUGCCCUCGACAAGUCGCAGCCCCUCCUCUCCAGCGAUGCCUUCCCCAGCGCCACCUUCGUCGACCUCAAGGCCGCCCUCGACAGGCUGGCGUCGCGCGAGAUGGUAAAAUACGACACAAUCGAGCGCCAGGAAGCCCUCCUCGAACCCGAAGCCGAACAGAUCGCCGCCAAUGGCUCCCACGAGGCCCGCGUCUUCGAGGCCCUGCGCCAGGCCGUCGAGGGUCUGUCGGUCAAGGAGCUAGAGGAGGCCAUCGGCGACAAGAACGUGGUCAAGAUCGGCCAGGGCAAGGCCUUCAAGGAGAAGUGGAUUAGCAAGACCAAGGACGGCAAGUUCACGGCCGUCGCCGACAAGAUCAACGACACCACCCAGGAGCAGAUCAAGAUCGUCCAGCAGACCAAGACGCACCCCGACGCCAAGAUCCUCGCCGACCUCAAGAAGCGCAAGCUCAUCCGAACACAAAACAUCUUCUCCUUCAAGAUCCACAAGGGCCCCAAGUUCGCCCUCAAGAUCCCCGAGGAGGCCACCGACCUGACGGCCGACAUGAUCGCCUCGGGCGCCUGGAAGACGGCCACCUUCAAGCCCUACAACUUCAAGGCCCUCGGCGCCACCCAAAACGGCGGCGCCCUGCACCCGCUCAACAAGGUGCGCCAGGAGCUGCGCAACAUCUUCUUCGAGAUGGGCUUCGAGGAGAUGCCCACCGACAAGUUCGUCGAGUCCGGCUUCUGGAACUUCGACGCCCUCUUCGUGCCCCAGCAGCACCCCGCCCGCGAUCUCCAAGACACCUUCUACAUCUCCGACCCCAAGGCCGCCGACUUCCCGCGCGCCGACUCGCCCGACGACACAAAAGACUACCAGGCCUACUGGGACAACGUCAAGGCCGUGCACCAGGACGGCAAGUACGGCUCCAUCGGCUACCGCUACCCCUGGUCCGGCGACGAGUCGCUCCGCCUCGUCCUGCGCACACACACCACCGCCAUCAGCGCAAACAUGCUGCACAAGCUGGCCGCCACCAGGGGCCCCGACGGCCGUCCUCUCCCGGCCCGCUACUUCUCCAUCGACCGUGUCUUCCGUAACGAGACCGUCGAUGCCACACAUUUGGCCGAGUUCCACCAGGUCGAGGGUGUCAUUGCCGACUACGGCUUGACCCUCGGUGGUCUGAUGGAGUUCAUGGAGAUCUUCUUCGGCAAGAUGGGUCUGCAUGAUUUGCAGUUCAAGCCCGCUUACAACCCUUAUACCGAGCCCUCGAUGGAGAUUUUCGCUUACCACAAGGGCCUCGGCAAGCUCGUCGAGAUCGGAAACAGCGGCAUGUUCCGCGCCGAAAUGUUGGAGUCCAUGGGUCUUCCCAAGGACAUGCGCGUCUUCGGCUGGGGUCUCUCCCUCGAGCGCCCCACCAUGAUCAAGUACGGCAUCUCCAACAUUCGCGAGCUGCUGGGCCACAAGGUGGAUUUGGAGUUUGUGCAGGGUAGCCCGGCUGUUUUGCUUGGCGAGGAGUAGACAAAGGGAAAAACAAAAAGUAAUGAAUGAGCGUACUAGACCAUGAUACCGAAUAUAAAAUGGAGUUUGAUGUUCAGUUUGGGAUCUUUGGGGACAUGGGGGAAGUGAUGUCAUUGUUGACGUUGUCGUGGGUUUGGGGAUGUGGACAAUGGAGUCGCCGAGUCGGGCACUCAACCG